UCUCCAUCAACAAGAGAGACACUCGUCAGGAGACCCACCACCAGUUAUGAACCUCAGGUCACUCCUAACAACAGGUCGUAUACCAUAUUACAGCAUCGAUUCACCAUCACUGACACCUGGAUUAGGCCUCAGAGAUGGAUGAGUCAAGUUUGAAAAUGGAAGACUACAAGAUCAUCCGGCAGCUGGGGUUGGGCUCGUAUGGCGCUGCACAUUUGGCUCAUCAUGAUCCAUCCGACACCAAAUGUGUCAUUAAAGAGAUUAAUAUAUCCCAAAUGUCUCCCAAAGAACUUGAAGAAGCACGGCGAGAAGUACAGGUCCUGUCAAGCUUGUCCCAUCCAUACAUUACUCAGUUCCGGGGCUCAUGUGAAGAAAAUGGCCGUUUGUCGAUAGCCAUGGACUACUGUGGGGGCGGGGAUCUUCACACCAUCAUCUCAAAGAGAAAAGGUGUACACUUUCCUGAAGAUCGUGUUCUUGAUUGGUUUGUACAACUCUGCCUGGCUAUAAAAUAUACCCACGACCGCAAGAUACUCCACCGUGACAUCAAGUCACAAAAUAUAUUUCUGACAGAUGAUGGUAAGAUCCGGUUAGGAGACUUUGGGAUUGCCAAAGUUUUGAACAAUACCUCAGACCUGGCAAGAACCUGCAUUGGUACACCAUAUUAUUUGUCACCAGAAAUGUGUGAGAAUAAACCCUACAACAACAAAAGUGAUAUCUGGGCCUUGGGGUGUGUUUUAUAUGAGAUGAUGACGCUUAAACAUGCCUUUGAAGCUAAUAAUAUGAAAGCACUUAUUCUCAAAAUAAUAAGAGGCAUAUACCAACCUGUUCCUGCCCGUUACAGUCGAGACCUUCGCUUGCUACUCACUCAAAUAUUUCAGCGACAACCACAGGCCAGACCAUCCAUAUCGGUUAUCCUUCGGAAAUCAUUUAUUUUCAAGAGAGUGCCUCGUUUCAUAUCAGGAUGUGAGGAGGAGGAAUUAAAAGCUUCUUUGAUAAAACGUAGGUGUACUUUGCCAGCCUCGGUACGCAAAAUCCCGGUCCCGAAACGUCCUCAUGACAUAACGGAUCCUUCUGCCAAAUAUGGAGUAAGUCAGUCCCUCAACAAAAGGGGUACCUACAAGUCUCCCACAAAAGCUACCUCAAAAGUUUAUAAGCAAGUUUGUGGCGUGAAAAAGCCAGUUGGAGUGGCCCACAGCCGGGCGGACAGACUUAGUCAGGAGCACCGGAAAAAGUAUCAAAGUGAAAAUAGUCUCUUGCCAAAGGAUGCUGGAAUAGUUGAGCCAACAGGAGAUAAAGAUAAGAGAUUCCAAAGACGAUCUAAAUCUGUACCUCAUGCAUUCAAACAGAGUAAUUUAAAAUCCCAGCAACAGAAUGUCAAAAAUAAGCAUCCAUCACCAGUGAAGCUACAACUGAUGUUAGAUAGUGCAGGGUUUAAGAAGAAUGCUGAUGUAGACCCUAAGAAGAUGGAAGCUGGUGAAAUAGUAAAUAAAUCCAAGGAAGAUGAGGAACCGAUCAAAUCACCCGGGGCUGAAGGUUGGCUCGUUGAUGAAUUUCUAUCAAAGAAGUUGCAGGCUGCAUACAUUGACAGAAAACUUGCAGAGGCCCUAGUGCCAACUAACACUUCCGAAAGUGAAUCUGUCCACGAUGACUCUUCUACUGCAGCUAUGGGUAAUAAGAGAGAUAGACAACAGCAAAAUGGGAGAGAUUUUGUGAUUAAAAAUCUCAUUGCGCAGAGGUCUCCAAAACUAAAGGUUAGACCAAAAAACAAACCAGCUCCUCAUGUACGUCAGACAGAGAAGGACCAACGUAAGCAUAGUGAUGAUAGCCAUGAUGUGCAGGUGCAAGAGACAAAUCCAAAGGAUGUGAAGGAGUUGGCAAACAAAACCCUCAAACAUGAUAACAUAUGUAGUGAUGAGGAAGGUGAUGAAGAUAUACCCAGGUCAUCAGCUGAGGAACUGAGGGAGCUGAUGCAGGAGAAAAUGAAGAAAUUGUUACAGGAGCGUACGCAGAAGAUGAACCAGAUGAUAUCACAGCGGCGCCAGUGGGCAUAUAAAAGAGAGAAGCUCGAGUCUGCACUCGUAAAAAAGAGAGAAAAUGUAUUAAUAGUAGAGAAAAUGGAAGAAACCACUAAAAGCAAUGACAUAGAAAGAAGGGAAGACCGUGUUUGUGAAAGUAAUCUCCAUAGUUGUGUGCCUCCAUCUGAAAGUCAAGUUGAAUUAGAGGAUAAAGUGUAUAAUGGUAUAAAUGCCACUGUCAGAACUGCACCUGCAAAUGAAUCCCAAUUUAAUGAAGAGAAGAAGAAUAAAUGUCAAGAGCCUGAUGAAGUCGUCAAUAGGGAUUCUUCUACAAAACCAAAGCCUCAGAGAAAGAAGAGUAUCAUGUCUCCUGAUAUCACAGAGACAUACAUGAAUGAAGUACCUAACAACACUCUGGUUAGCACAGUUAGAGAAAGGAUAACACCAGAAAAGUUGUCUGUAAUUCCUGCUGAAAAUCUGAACAAUCCUCAAACACAAGAAACCCUUAUAGAUAAUACCUCUGUUGGAAUACUCUCUGAACCCCAAGAAGAAUUGGUUUUCAAUGAGAAAAAUAAAUCUCUUGCAUAUCUAGAUAAGUGUGGGGAUAGACCCAACAAUGGUAAUCUUCAAGUGUGUGAAGUUACAAGUAAAGAGAUUGUUAUAACCUGCACAAAUGUUCCUGAAAAACCAACAAGUGUCACAUUAAGUAAUGAUGAUGGAGGAGUCUCAGGAAAACAUGGUGAUACCGCUCUUCAAUCAUCAAAUACACAAAGUUUAACCCCAAGCAAGCGUUCACGCUGGAGGAGUGCCGAUACUGCCGGCCUUGAAAACUCACCUUUAGAAACCACUGCCUCAGAAAUGGACUGUACGACCUCCUCAGACUUGGUUGUUGUAUAUAAGGAAAUGGGUGAGCGCAAGCAGUGGGGAAAACAUAAUAAAGAUAUCAUUAGUGUGUUAUCCAAGGCACAGAUCAUAGAAAGUCCGAUGAAUCAAAGCUCUUCAAAGAGAAAAGAGAAUGCAGUGAAUGAAUUGGAAAAAGUAACUAAGGAAAUCAAUUUCUCUGGCAAAAAUUUAGAGGAAGUCUCAAAUAAACCUAAAGUGUUGAAUUCAACAUUCACAGUUAGUUUGAAGGACUGUCAUGGUGACUGUGAACCUGGGCCUUGUAAAAUCGGUUUAAAUUCUGCUCCCGAUGUUAAAGCCCCAUGUAAGAUGAAGCCUUCGGUACCUUUACCAAGUGUGUUAAACAGCACGUUUGAAGUAGAAAACAAGAACACUGUCGAUAAUAAAGGAAAGUUGAAUCAAAACAAGGAAGAACUUGGUAGAACACAGACAGUGGAGACCGCAGGUAGUGUACUGCAGACCAACGUUGACAAGAGUUGUAAAAACAAACAGUCUGAUAAAAUACUGCAUCCCAAAGUCAAUGAGACCGUGAAUGUCAAAAAGAAUGGCAACAGAAUAGGAAAUAAAAGUGAAGGCAUAAGUAAAAUAGAAAAUAAAGAAGAAAUGGGUAAAAUAGAAGUUGUAGGUAAAGCAAUCACAGAAAAUAGAGAAGAAAUCGGUAAAAUAGAAGUUGUAGGUAAAGGCAUUAGAAAGUUAUCAACAUCUGUAACAAGUGAGACCGUACAAACCCAGAAUGAGGCAGUGAAAAAUGAUUCUCUAAUAAUUGAUGACACUGAGAAGUCUUUUAAUGAUACUUACACCGUUGAUGAGAAAUUAUCUGAAAGCACUUUCACAAUUCCAAAAACACCAAGCAAGAAUGCAGACAAAAAGGGAAAAGGCCGUUUUCUUGAGAAGUUGCGUUUGCACAUGUCACCACUGCCAAAGAAAAAACAGAUUGUGGUUGACAAAUUUUCUGUACCUGCACAAGUAACCCCUCGGAAGACUAUAGGUGAUUUAGGCUUGGGCGCAGAACACAAGACAAGUACACCAAUAUUAAAAAAGAAAACAAAGAUAAAGUCGGGGCUUGUGGGAAUUUUACGAAGGCUUUCUUCCCGGCAAGAUAUAAAUGUAGACACUGCAAACUGUAUGGAGAAGGGCAGUAUUGAAACUUGUGAAAAGUCUUACAGUGAUAGUGAAUUAUCAGGAGAUACCUUCACUGUUGAAUGUGAUGCCAAGACACGUAAAAGUCAAGAAAAUGUAACAAGUAAUCAGGUGAAUAAUUAUGAAAAUAUGUACAAUAAAACCAUUUCUAAAACUUGCAACAGAAUCUUACAAAGUAGUGAGACAGACAACAAGGAAGACAAGGGAUAUAUGUCAUCACAGAAAACUCUUGAAAAUGAAGGGAAAUCAAAAUCUCAGAGAAGAGAAGCUACUAACAUGAAGGACGGGGGUACAGGAACUAUUGGGGAAAAUAUUGAGCCUGAAGAGACCAUGACAAUCAAAAACAAUGAAUGUCAUGUGGGGAAAGAAAUCUCAGGGAAUAUUCAGAGUGACAGUGAUACAUUUGUUGUAGGGAAGGACAUUACUGAUCAACAGAACUCCAAGUCUAUAGAUACUAAAGUGAAGGGGACUGAGGAAUUGACAUUUCUCAAAGACAAUACCUUGGCAAAUAGUCUCAAAGAAAUAUAUUCAAGGGAUAAUGCUAGUAAGGACAACGUUUCUGUUAAUAAUUUUGACAAUGUGUCGAGUGAUAGUGGUCUCGAUACACAGAAGACAGAUUUCACGUGCCAGAUGCUUGAUAAUGUUGCGAGUGACACACAAAGUGAUCUUGAUUAUACAUUAGGGAACUUUAAUCGGCUUUCCCCAUCCCAAAGCCACUCUUGUGGAUUAAGUGAAUGUAACCUGACAUUUUCAGAGAAUUAUAAUCCUUCAGCAACCUUGAAGAAUAAUGAAGUAUCACUCAUACUUGAUGAACAUUGCAAGAAAACUGAAGUGGGUUCUGUCGUUUGUGUAGAGGACUUGGCUAACACGUUAUUAUUAGAUGUGUUUGAGGAGGCGAGGAGACAAAUAUCAGGGAGUGAAACUAGGAGGAGGGAUCAAGAUAUUAGUCCUAUAACACCUAGGAAUAUUCAGAUUAAUCUUAAAUGUUCAGGUGAGGUUAAAUAUCAAGGUGUGCAGCAUGAGUGUGGGGUUGAGGCAUUGCCAACCUACAGUCAGACUCUUGUACCAAGGCUCGGAGCUUCACAAGGUCUGGAAGGUGAAAGCAUUCAAGAUGGUAAUAGAAGUAAACAUAUAUCCCAAGGUGGCACAUCAAAGUAUAAUCACUCGGAAGUUUCAAGAGGCACGAGUGGUAAAGUAGUGUCACACAUUACUUCCAACCCUUUAGGUCGUAUAAGUGAUAGUGAUUUGGCUCACCACACCAGCGAAGAUAUAAAAGUGACACAUAGUUCAGCCAGACCAAGACCAACAGUUUUGUGUAUUAGUUCCAACAACAAUGAAAGACUUUUUGCUGACCUGGCACAUUCAUCUAUUUUACAAACACAACAGAAUGUUAAAGAGGAUGGAAGGUCAAGGAAAAAGUUUUUGGAAAACAAAAAUUAUGAAGAAAUUACUACAAAGCAAAAAUAUUUGGGCACCUCAACUACAUUACCACAACAAAGUACUGUCCAGUCAGAAGCUUCUAAGAGCAAUAUUGAUUUAAGAGACAGUAGUCCUGGAGUAAACAAAGAAGAGUUUGAAUCCAGAUGCAAAGAUUUUUUGUUUCCAUAUCAAUACAGUAAGGAUGAUUUUUACUCAGUAUCAGAUGAGGAGAGCGAAGACUUGGCAAAUCUACGGCGGUCCAUGGAACUCGUCCUCUGUUCUGGGAGACAAAGCAGGGAGUCUGAUUGUAAAUCAGUUGCUUCAUCAUAUACGUCAUCAGAAGUGUGGCAUUUAGACCGUGAUGGAGCUGUGGUAAUGGGUGGAGGUGGUGUGUAUGGCUGGAUUGAGGAGCAGAGAGCUAAGCUGGAAGAUGUGCUUGGUCUAGAUCUCUUCAUGAAAGCGUACCAUCAUCUGGAUGUGGCUCAAGAGCGGGAAGGAUGUGUGGUUGGAGAAGCCGUUAGUCAGGUGGAGGAGAUGCUGGGGAGAGACGCUCGUGACUUGGCCCACGACAUCCUUCAGCUUGUUGUGUCAGAAGCUGUGUACCACAACCAGUGAUGGAGACUUAAACUCUGUCACAAUACCCUGCUACUGCAUGGUAUUUACACUCAACAAACAUACAAGAUAAGUGAAUUUGAGAGAGUAUUUCUCACAAAAAUUUUUACAAAGGAAUGAUAAAUAUUUCCUACAAAAUUGAAUCAGAAAGGACUGAUAAAGGUUUAAUUAGACCAGUUGUUUUAAAGUGUAUCUAAUGUACUGAUGGUACUAUAAAGAGAGUUAGAAUUAGACAUUCCAAAUAUAUUUCCAGCAGAUGUGGGUCAGAAAAUGGGUGUUACUGCUGGUGGACUGAAAUGACAAUAAACAAAGGAUAAAGUUUGUCAUUAUAUUUGAUACUCUAUUCCAUGAAGGGCAAAUCCAUAAACCACAGAUAUUAAUGGGGAUAAUGUCUUCUUUAGUAUAGUAUAGCUUAGACUUCCUGAGUUCACCAUUAACAUAGUCAAACAACCAUAGAUAGGGUGUUUGUGGUCAGGUGAGGUUUGGUUGGUUCAUGUCCUCUUUAAAAUACCUUGAAAUUCUUUAGUGUUUGUUACUUUUUCCAGGAUAAUAAAAUAUCUAACUAUCCAAAUAAAUAAUGUAGUUACAGUUAAAGUCUACAAAAUGGGUUGGUUAUGGCUGGUGUACUGUACUGGCACGAACUGUAAUAUGUAAUGAAAUUGGUUUAGUAGUUGAGGGAAACUGUUCAACUGUAUGGUAGUGUAAUUGAACUUGACUACAGUACGGCUUCCUGAUGGUUAUGUGGGGGAGAAGUAAAUUCACUUGAGGAUGACAUCUAUGCUGACAAUUAGUUGCCAAGGACUUUUUAAUUUUGUAUUCCUUCACUUCCCGAAGAUGUCUAUGGCAAUCGAGAGAGAUAAUUUCAUAUAGUGUAAUGAAUUCAGCUACAAAUAAUGCAUCAAUUUUCCAUGUCAUUGCAAUUAAACUAGACACUGUGUUAGCUAGUCUCAUUUGGUGUUAUAAGUGAGCCCCAGUUUGUAAUAACCUCGGACCUAACCAUUUGGAUUUAGGGUGUACUGUACCCUUAAAAUGUCCCAUUCUUAAGGAGCCCCAAUACUGAUGGUUAGGGUAUAGUACAGUACAUGGCAUAUUUUAGGAGUGAGGACCAUUUCCCCUGCAACCUCUCUACAAGUUAGGUUUUUUUUUUUUUCAUAAAUCAUCUAAAGUGUUCAGGGGUUAUAUGAGGGGUUAAGAGUUGAUAAUGAUCCUGUUUUGGGAAGUGUGUGUGUGUGUGUGUGUGUGUACUAUAUACACACACACACCAAAAACAUUAGUGUGUAGACUUAAAACCCCUGAUAUGACCCAGAGUAAGAUAGUGUAAACAAAACAUUAUUAUUACUGUAUAUUGAAAUAACUAUUGUAUGUCUGUAGCAUUCUAACUUAGCAGCUUUAUUUGUACAGUAAGUUAGGUCAUAAUUUGUGUCCUUUUUUAUUUAGUUUAUCUUGUAAUAUAAUCUCCUCAUAUUUAGGUGCAGCUUGAGGUCUGUCUUCCCUUGAAAAGUUUAAGACUGUAUGUAGCAGCUUGAGUAGCCUUAUUGUGAAGUAAAAUUAUGGCUUAUAUGAAGAUUAGGCACCCCAGCUUAUUUUACCUAGUGCUUGAACAACCCUUCCCUUCCUUUCCCUUCCCUUCCUUGACAUAACCUUCCUUAACAUAACCUUCCUUAAUGUAACCUCUAACCUAACACCCCCCAGAAGGCAUUAGGGUGUUUAAUCAAUAGGUGAAAUGAGCUGAAGUACUUUGUCUUCAUGUGAUGCACAGCUCUUACGUGAGAGAGACUGAAAAAUGCCUGUGAUAUAUUAGCUCAUGACAGUGAUGUAGUAAUACAGUACUACAACUUUUUCUUUUAUCAUAUUCAUCAACCUUGAAGUAGGAUAUGUAAUGCUAUGUGGAGCUCCAGGCAGUGUUUCUGGGUUAUAGACACACUGUAUAAAGAGAGGCUGAGGGUAAUAAUGACAGUGGUAGUACAGUAAUAACAGAGAAAUAUUAUGUUGAACGGUUGGUCUUAUUUUUAGAGUUGGUUUGGUAGAAGUUUACUGUAUACUUAUAAUGAUUUUUACUCACAGCGAGGGAAGUGUGUGCUUGAACUCAUGGCUCUGUAGGUUUAGUCAAGCAUUUUUACUUUGGUGUAAUAACAACCACUUGUUCUGUUGUGUCAAAGCCCAACAUUACCUCUUUCUGUCACUCAGGAUGGUGUGUGUGUGUCACCCCGUCAUGUCCGAGUCUUGUAUUGGCUCACUCUCACCCCGAGGAACUUGACCUUAAAAAAAAAAACAUCAUAAUGGGUUUUAACAGAUUCAGGUUCCUUUAGACAUUAGUAUUAUGUCCAUACUAACAAAAAAUUUAAAUUUCUUAACGGCCGGCCAUUUCCUGUGUAGUGGUGUUAUUACCAACAUGUCAGAGAGAUCUGAUAUAGUGUUUUAAUUUCAGCUGAAUCUCCCGUCGGUGAACUAACAGAAUAAACUUAUCUAGUCAUGUUGGUGGGAUGCAUAAAACUGUGAACAAAAAUAUUUUUUAGUUAGAUACAAAAUAAAAUUCCAUGUUUUGAACUUAUGAAGAAUGUAAAUGAUCUGAUUUUAUUGUUAACUAUUGAAAUCAGAUUUAUAUAUACAGACAGACCCCGACUUACGACUGCUACGACUUACGACCGUCGGGACUUACGACCGCCGCAGAUUUUUUAUUAAAAUUUUUUUUUUUUUUUUUCUUCAAAUGACACGCAUUUUCUAUACCGAAACCUUUCCAGUUAAUGUAGUCUCCAUGUAUAAUUAGAAAAUUAUGGGGGCCCCAUGUGCAUUCAGCUGACUACAUUAAAGGUAACUGCUCAGUCACACUAACCAUUCAUUAUUAUAUAUUACUUUCACAGUACUGUAUCCAUUUCUCAUUAUUCAUUACUUUUACUGUACUGUAUUUCAUUGUAGAUUAUUUAUUAAAAAAAGAAUACAAAAAUUUUUUUUUUUUUUUUUUAAUCUAUGUCGGACUUACGACCAUGUAGGACUUACGACCUGGAUUUCGGUCCCUAAACCCGUCGUAAGUCGGGGCCUAUCUGUACUCUGUAUAUUAUUGUAUACUGUACGCUUUAACAGAAGGCAAUUUCUAUGGUUGCAGGUCAAAAUAGCUGCAGUCUUGUUAAGCCCCAACCUAACAUACAUGUAAUUAUCAUCAUUAGAAGUACAGUACACUACUAUUAAUAUUGAGACUCACUAAGACUGGGGCUCAUUAAGACUGGGACCAAAUCAUCAUGGAGAAGUUAGGUUGGGGCCCAUUUGACCAGUCGCCAUAUAUUUUGGCAUCUAUCAUAUUAUGAUUAUAAUUGAGCUCACAAGAUUAAAACUUGCUGUGAAAUUAUGCAUAUAGGCAAUCAAACUGUGUACAGUACUGUUUUAUUAUACUGUAGUGUACGUAAACAAUUGACUUUGAUGUAGCACUACAGAAGCUCCAGUAAUAUACAUUUAGAUAUAAUACAGUACAUGUGUUCUUUGUAGACAGAAAUAUAGUUUUUUAUGUAUAAUUCUACUGAUUUGUCUUAAAAUAAUUUUUGGCGGCGUAUUAAUACUCGUUAGAUGGCAGCCUCUACAGCUGGUGAUCAAAACGUAUGAAUAUGAUUGGCUGCCAAUAUUAGUGUUCACUUCCUGAGGUUGAAGGUUCCCAGGGAAGCGACAGUACAAAAAGGUUUAUGAAAUUAGGCAACAUAAACUACCAAAACAUAGUUUAGAAAUAAUAUAAGGUCAUCAGGGAAGGCUAGGUUUGUUCUUGUCAUCUGCCGUUUUAAAUAUUUUAGUGCCACAGCCACCCUCAAGACCUCCGACCUAUGGAAAGAACACACCAAUGACAGGUUAAUGAGGUUUUAUGUCCAUUUUGAUUACCAUUUAGAGGCCUGUCAAGUUUCCAUAUCAUGGCAUACUGCAGCCAAACUCAAAAUUGUAAUAUCAAAGCCAUGUCCAAAGUUUACUUAUUGUAUAAAUAACUGUUUUAAACCUUAAGCAUACAAAUGUCUUUGAAAUACUGAUAUUUUUUUAUAUUUUAUUCAUACAAUACAGUAGUCUGGAAGUAGAGAUAAGUAGAUUGAAUUUAGUUUGUGCCAAGAUUUACUUUGAUGGAUCCUGUAUAUUUUUUUCUAGUACGUGAUCAACAUUCCACACAUUGUCAAGGAACCUUCAGAGGACAGAUGGAUGUCAAAUAACCUUAAGGUCAAUAAAACAAAACAAAGCAUAUGUGGUGGUGUCUGCCUUAAUAUGAUGGUAGUCAAUUUGCUCGUGUCAAUAUAAAAUCAAAACUACACUGGGCACCAUCUUGUUUAGCAUAAAGCAUCAUUGAAUUCCUUCCAAAUCAACAAAAAUCACGAAUUUUUGUAAUCAAGAAUGAAAUUAACACGGUGCUCAAGGUGGUAUUAGCACAAGCUAUAGGACAGUGAACCACCUGUUAUCAUGUGCACAUACAUAUGCACAACAUCACUCAUAUCUGAUAUUUAUUCAUUCACUCACCAUAAUUAAACAGUAUUGUGCCAUAACAUAGUCACUCAUGGAAACUGUUUCCUGCUGCAGCACAGGGUUAUGGGAAGCAGGAGCAACACUUUCAUUUAUUUACUCUCAUUGUUCUUUGUAGUUGUGCAAGUGUGUUAUGUUGGGGUGUAUCUUCUAUCACAACAAGGCCCCACAACAUCAUAUAAAUAUACAACAAUUACUCCUCUUGCUCAAAUGAAUUAAUUUAAAUAGUUUAAGAAUAUUACUUCCCCUUCUUCAUUUAGUAAAAUUGUCUCUUGUAUAUUGAUAAAAACACAUUGUUUGAGAUAACUUUUUAUCUUUACCAGAUCUUUCCUGCUACAGUAAGGGUUGGCUAAAGUCAAGAUUUACUUACCAUCCCUUCAGCCAAAUUCACACUAACCUAACCUAGACCCCCAAGUUGCAUUAGGGUGUUUAAUUACCAGGUUAAAGAAGCUUGGAACUAAUCUUCAGUUGAUCCUAUGUUUGUGUGUGUGAGACUUCACCGGCAAACAGAGGGCAGUGGAGGUCUAGUCCAUUGUGUAAUUACCAAAUCCGAUAAUGAUCUAAAAGACUUCUUCAAUUUUGCCCCAGUAUGACGAAUGGAUGCUGUGUAAACAAAUACAUUACAGUAUAAUCUGUAAACACGAAGGGUGACUGAAUUUUUUACUGUAUUGUUUAUUUAAUUUCAGCCACCUUACCAUCUUCUGUGUCUUGACUGAUGUUUUUCAGUUGUUAUAAAUAUUUGCAUUAUGAAGAGCUGUGAAUGGAGUAUUUAUAUUUGUUGUCUUAGCCUUUGUCACUUCCUGAUCUUGUCUUGUGCCAUUCUCUCCUUCCAUUUAUCACCACAUUAUUAAGACUCCUGUUUCCUUUGAUCCACCCCAACAAAGUGAGGGAGGAGUAUGGAAUAGAUUCUCUGUACAGUAUAUGAGCCCACCCGACAACUUAUAUUUGCCGACUGUGAUGUUUUGGCAGUUGUGUGGUAAAUAGUCAAGAUUAUGUAUGGAGCAUUAUCAUUAACAAAGAUUUAAAGUGUUAGGUAAUCUAAAAGCUCAAGUACCAAAGGUAGAUUCUUCUUGUCUAGUCUAAUAUACAUAUAGAUUGAGAAUGACAUAGGUUAAUUAAUUUAUUUUUGAGGUUAUCAUUAAGACUGGGCCCCAAUCAUAACAGUUAAAUUAGGUUAGGUUGUGGCCCAUUAAGUCUGGCACCCAUUGUGUAGCCACCCAUUAAGGUAAUAAAUCAGUUUGGUUGCCAGGUGAGUGUCAACCAAAGUACUUAGUCCUUAGGUAUUAUUUUCUUAGACCUCAUAGACUCGAUGAGUAUUUGAUACUUGAUAUUUUGUCAUUUUCCGCAUAAAUCAAAUGAACAUUCCUGAGUUGUGUUUGAUAGGUAUGUAUAUUUUGUAUAAUAGAGAGUAUUGUAUAUAUAUAUAGGUUGUAAGUCUAAUGGGUCCCAGCCUUGCCUAUGCUAAUCAUUCAAAUGGAUCCUUUAGGAAUAAGACCCUAUUGUGAUGGUUAGGGCAUGUUCAGUAGGUACAGUACUGGGUCCCAUUUGACUAGCCACCUCAUAAAUGUAUUCUCCUCAUAUACGAGCUGACUUCUCCAAAUUACUGUGACUCUUUUUUUUUCAUUCUUUUCCAAGGUAUUCAGGCAUUAAGUCUACGGUUCUACGUAUAAUUUGUUACACUUUUCUGCCAUAUAUCUGUAAAUGUACUGCACUGUAUCUCAAUAUCUUUUAAUAUUCUCCAUGUCGUCAGUUCUCUAUCACAUCCAGACCUUGUUUUUAAUUAUAUUUCUUCCCAUCUUGAUUGUCACUGCUACUUUACCAUUAUUACUUGGGGAUUGAUAACUGGAUUUUCGACUUUAACUUUUCUCCUUUUAUUUAUUUUCUAGCAAAAACUGUCACAUACUGUGCUUACGUGAUAUUUUAUUUCUUAUUAGUAUUAGAGAUUAUUUUUAAAGGAUCCUAUAUUUCUUUGUUUUAAGGCUUUAUUUUAUAUACUCCUGUUUUAUAAUUAGAGACAUGAUAAAGAUGUGUGUGUGUAUACUGGUCUCUUAUUUCUUAACAGAGGAAGAAGUGAUAAAAGAAGAUUUUUAUUUCUUUAUGAAAUUUUAAAUAUAUUUUGUGUUUUAAAGGUAUUACCCUA